AUGCCGAAGAAUCUGCGUUUUGGAAUUAAAAGGCAAGGAAUGGUCAUACAAAAUGAACAUCGAGCGUCCUAUAACAUGGUAAUAGCCAAUGAACAUCGAGCAUCCGAUGACAUGGCAAUAGCCAAUGAAAAUCGAGCGUCCGAUGACACGGUAAUAGCCAAUGAAAAUCGAGCGUCCUAUGACAUGGUAAUAGCCAAUGAACAUCGAGCGUCCAAUGACAUGGUAAUAGCCAAUGAACAUCGAGCGUCCGAUGACAUGGUAAUAGCCAAUGAACAUCGAGCGUCCGAUGACAUGGUAAUAGCCAAUGAACAUCGAGCGUCCGAUGACAUGAUCACGGACGAUGGAUAUCGAACAUCUAAUGGAAUGGUCAUACACAUUUAA